AUGGCCAUUUCCGGUGUACAGUCGUUCUGGCUCUUACUCCAAACUCAGCCGUUUUUUUUUCUUGUUUUGAUUUCCAAUGAAACGGACAUAGAUAAAUGAGUGCUUUCUCCCAGAUUUUCGGAACGCCUUGGCCGUUUGAUGUGUGUAUUCAUAUUUGUUACAUUUCAGUAACAGCAGCGAAAUAAUGGAUGGUUGGUCGGUGGGGUUUGCAUGAUCUCCCCGUACUCCAGCUUCACCAAACAUUUCUUAGGUAAAUGCAGAUUCUAAAUUGUUAAAACAGCACCACUACUACCAGUACAGACAUCAUGCCUGGCGAAGGGAAAACAUCACAACAAAGUCGCCAGAGGAAAAAGAACAAAAAGCCCCACUCCAAAGGGAAGAGCCCUGGUGUAGGUCCCAAUGCAGGUCUGGCCGGUACCUUGGAUGGACAGCAGCUCACCUUACCCACUAAACUUCAGCCGCUUCCUAAAAAGCCACCAGAAGCAAAACUCAAAGUAGCUGUAGCCAAACAUGAAGAGGAGUCAUCACGAGCGAUAUGUCUGCAAGUUCUUUUUCCAUACCUGUUGGCUGGGAUGGGAAUGGUGAUGGCAGGGAUGGUGCUGGAUCAUGUACAGCACUGGGAUGUGUUCAAGGUCAUCACAGAGGUGUUUAUUCUCGUCCCUGCGCUCGUCGGACUCAAGGGAAACCUGGAGAUGACCCUCGCUGCUCGCCUCUCCACUGCGGCCAACACAGGACAAAUGGACGACCCGAAUAAGCAAUGGACCAUGGUGUGCUGCAAUCUUGCACUAAUACAGGUCCAAGCGACUGUAGUGGGCUUCCUUGCGGCUGUUGCGGCUGUGUGUUUAGGAGCAAUUUCCAGAGGGGGGGUUGAAUUUAACCAAGCAGCUGUUCUGUGCGCUAGUAGCAUUAUCACCGCAUUUGUGGCAGCUCUCUCUUUAGGCUUGUUGAUGAUUGGAGUGAUCAUAGGGUCCAGGAAGGUAGGAAUCAACCCGGAUAAUGUGGCCACACCUAUCGCUGCCAGUUUGGGUGAUUUGAUCACCCUCUCCCUGCUGGCUGGCGUCAGCAGCACCCUUUAUGAACACAUAGAGACAUGGUACCUCUCCCCGCUGGUGUGUCUGGUCUUCCUGGCUCUUAUUCCACUUUGGGUUGUGGUGGCCCGGCAGAACCCUCAGAGUCGAGAAGUUCUCUGUUCAGGGUGGCAACCUGUUCUAGUUGCCAUGUGUAUCAGCAGCCUUGGAGGUGUGAUACUGGACAAGACGGUCAGUAAUCCCAGCUUUGAGGGAAUGGCUGUUUUCACACCAGUUAUCAACGGAGUUGCUGGCAAUUUAGUAGCCAUCCAGGCCAGCCGACUGUCGACUUACCUCCAUCUCUGGAGCAUCCCAGGAGUGUUGCCAUACAAGAUGAGGCAGCAUUGGCCCAAUCCCUACAUGACUUUCUUUUCCUCAGGUUUGAACUCCAAGUCGGCACGCGUGCUGCUGAUGCUGGUCAUACCCGGUCAUCUGCUCUUCCUCUACGCCAUCUCUUUGUUGCAGGGAGAUGAGGUGGCAAUCACGUUCACCUUUGCUGCUUGCUACCUGUGCGCUGCUCUGCUGCAGGUGGCCAUCUUACUUUGUGCGGCCGACCUGAUUGUUCGGACGAUGUGGCGACGUUCGCUGGACCCCGAUAACUUCUCCAUCCCGUACCUGACAGCCCUUGGAGACCUGCUAGGCACCGGCUUUCUGGCCCUGUGCUACCGUCUGUCUUCGGUUCACAGUCAGCCGCUGUGACUCAGCGAAGCUGAGUCAGCGAAGCUGAGUCACAGCGGAGGCCCCCCCACUGUUACUUUUUAGACACAUAUCAGGACAAUACAGGAAGGAAAAUUUCUCAGACCCAAACACACUCGGAAAUGCUACAUAGACCGUAAAUAAUCUGUGUAAUGUUUCCGUCUGUGUUUGUGUGUUCUGUAAAUAAUAUUUAUUUAUUUACAGCACAUCGAUUAAUCACAAAAAUGGGGGGGGGGGGCUCUCUGUAUUUCCAAGAGUGGUGUAGUUUCUCUUGCAUUCUCUCUUCCUCCACUCUGCCCUUGCUUUGACAAGAAAUGAGUUGGAGGCGACACGGUGUGGGGGGGCUCAACAUUUCUGCUGAAUUCCACCCGUGUGACUACAUGACACCACAUCAACUGUGAGUAUGACUCCAUCAACUUAGGACAUUUGAACAUUUGUUGGGAACUCCUCACCUCAUUACUGCUCAAGGUCAGACCAUGUCGACGGCUCAAAUCAUUUUCUCAUGUUAUUUAUGUUUGAAAAUAUUUGAGAUUUUUUAUUGUGAGGUCUGUUUUUAAUGUUUGUUGCAUGGCGUGUUCACUAGAGAGCACUGUGACUCCUUUCUUGGCAACGUGUUGAUCGUCACAGUUGAGACAAUCAUAAACCAAAUUUCAGCAAGUUGUUCGCCUUCUUUAAAUUCUAAAAUUCUCAUCUCCCAUAUGCUCAACAGCACAUUUGAAUUUGCGUUCAUUUUGUCAUGCAGCAAGAUCAAAUCCAGCAAGUAAGAACCCGUUCAUGUAAUGCUAAAAUCUCUGCAAAAAAAAAGUUUUGAAGAUAAAUACACGCAGCACACUCACAAGUCUCUUGAUUGUACAUAUUCAGACUCUUUUUAAAAAAAGAAAUAAAAAGUCUUAUUUUUCUCAGGGUUGAUAUUAGAAAUUCAUCUUCGUUGUUUUAAUAUUCAGGUAGUAUUCGACACAGACAUUCUCACAUCAGUCAGUGUUGCAUAGCCGUGUUGUUUUUCUAUGCAGAAAAGUAGUUUGACUUUGGUUCUAAUGAACCGCGAAGAUGUGUUUUACAAGCGUAAAACACACACAUCACAAAAAUGCCCACGCGACUCGUUAUUCACCCCGGUGGCUCAGCUUCUACCGAAUAUCACUGCAUGAUUUUGACUUACAUUGAACAAAUAAUGCAGCCAGCCACUUUCCAAAAACAACUGCACUUUUAUUAUUAUCAUAACUCCUCCUUGUUGGAUCAGAAAAAGACCUUGACUAGAAAGCAUAGAAACGAACAAACGAAUUUGAAACGAUGAAAAAAAACGAAUGCUUAUAAUCAUGGAUGGGACUCUGAGUGUCCGUCUGCUGUCAAGUAAUGACGUCAUGCUGUUACGACAAGAGGCCAAGACAUACAGCUGCUGUAAAAAUUCCCCCAAAAACAACUGAUUGCAUACUGUACUUGUACUUUUGAAUGUUAUCCACGGUGUACAUUGUGAACCUCAAAUGCCGUAUUUCCUCAAAUAGUGGCCUCUGCUCAAGGGAGACAACUUGCCUCAUUCAACUGGUGUAUUUUGUCCUCCACCAUAACGAAUCAACACCCAAUACUUGGAUACCAUCAUAUCAUCUACAAGCCAACUUCCAAUAAAGUUGGUUCGUUGUGUUAAACAUAAAUCAAAACAGAAUACAGUACAGUUAUUUCAAAUCAUGUUCAACCUAUAUUUAGUUGAAUACGCUACAAAGACAAAAACUCAUUUGACCAAAUGAUCAUUAACUUUGAAUUUUAUGGCCCCGACAUAGUACAGGGUCAUGGUUACCACUGUGUUAACGUCACCUUUUCACAACAUUUAAUAAACUUUUGGGAACUGAGGACACUCAUUGUUGAAACUUUGGAGGUAUAAAUCUUUCCCAUUCUUGCUUGAUGUACAGCUUCAGCUGUUCAACUGUCCGUUGUUGUGUUUUCCACUUCAUAAUGCAGCACACAUUUUCAAUGGGAGACAGGUCUGGACUGCAGCCAGGCCAGUCUAGCACCCGUAGUCUUUGACUACGAAGCCACACUGUUGUGUUACCUCGAAUAAACAUCUGGUACUCUGCAGUAUCAACACUACUUGCCACUCAUUGAGAAAAUACUCUCAUUCUUUUAUUUGUUCUUUGGCAGUGUUUUAAUGUUGCACUACUGUUACCACGACUGUGACUGCAUGGACACGCCCACAUCUAUUAUAUAUGUAUGGUCUGGAUCGUUGUCACCUCAUCUGUCUUGUGUGCUUUAAAAAAAAGUGUGUCAUCAAAAUGGGAUUUGUUUGGCAAAUUUCUACUUGUGGGCUUUUGUCUUUACAUUUGAAUAAAAACAAACUGUUUACUG